AAAAAAAAAGAUGGGGUCUUUGAUGCAAGAUUUGAAGAGACAAGCUUCAUUCUUCUUGAAGGAGAAAAUAAAGACAGCAAGAUUGGUUCUCACAGACGUUACGCCUAUGCAGCUAUUGACGGAAGAAGUAACAAAUGGAGAUUCAUUAGCACCGGAUGCUCAUGCCAUGCGGCUCAUAUCUCGUGCCGCCUUUGAAGUCGAUGAUUACGAGAGGAUUGUGCAAAUUCUGCAUCACAGGUUGUCAAAGUUUGAUGCAUGGAACUGGAGAGGAUGUUACAAUGGUGUAGUGUUAUUGGAGAAUCUAUUGACACAUGGACCACAACGAAUUGCAGAGGAAUUUCAAAGUGAUAGAGAUACUAUUCAAGACAUGACAACUUUCCAUUUUGUUGAUCACAAAGGGUUCAACUGGGGAUUGAGUGUAAAGUUGAAAGCGGAAAGAGUAAUGAAGCUUCUAGAAGAUAGGACAUAUCUGAAAGACGAAAGAGCAAGAGCUAGAAAAAUCACAGUUGGGAUCAAAGGGUUUGGAAGUUUUAGCCAGCAUAGGAAAAUUGAUGAUGUGACUUCGGACGACGAAAAUACCGACAGAUUUUUCAGAUCAAAAUCUCUGUUUUUUGAUGUUCAGCAUCAGCAUCAGCAUCAACGUCCUGAUUAUGGAUUGGAGAGUAAGCUAUUGACAUCAAAUGACGACCAAUUUAGCAACAAGAUGAUAGCUCAAGGUGACGAUUUCAAAGGUUGGUCACAUAAAUACAAAACUCAUGAGUUUGUGAUGGAAGAUGAUCACCCCUUUUGGGACAAGGACCAAAACACCAGAAUCUCACUUCUAUCUUCCUAAUACACACACACACACACACACAUAGAGAGAGAGAGAGAGAG